AUGUUUAUUUUCAAGGGUAGAGACUUCCAUAUCAGGGUACUGUUACCAAUGGAUUUGCAACUGAAAAAUGCAAGGAUAGAGUGUAGCUGGCACCUAAAGAAGAUACUGCAUGGAUAUCAGCAUAUUUUAAAGCAGAGGUUGCAGAGCUGUCCAGAUCUUGCCAGUUUUAUGGUGGAGCUGAAAACUAUUUUGGAAAUUGCUUUAAAGAAUACACAAGACCUGCAUAUACCACGGCCGCCAGAAUACUACUCCUGUCUUGUCAGAGAUCUGGAAAUACUGGGUUGGAAUAAAGUCGCAUAUGUGGAUACUGGUCUUACCACAAUCAAGCUAAAAGCUGAAGACUCUUGUGGUCGACAGCAUCUCAUCACGCUGAAGUUAAACGCAAAGUAUCCAACAGAACCACCGGAUUGCCUCGUGGAUUUUCCUGUUCAGUUUGCUAUUUCUUGGAUGCCACAGAACUCCUUAACAGACGUCUACGAUCAGUUCCUGGCGGCAUUAGAAUCGCUGAAAGAAUUCUGGGAUGCCAUGGAUGAAAUUGAUGGGAAGACAUGGGUGCUCGAGCCGGAAAAUCCCACACGGAGUGCUACGACAAGAAGAAUUGCAAUAGGGAGCAAUGUCUCGGUGAACAUAGAGGUAGAUCCCCGGCAUCCAGACAUGCUCCCCGAGUGUUAUUUUCUUGGAGCAGAUCACGCGGUCAACCCUUUGAGAAUUAAGCUGAACAACAAUAUGCACUUAUGGGAUCCAGAAAUCAGUUUGUUACAAAACUUGAAAGACCUCUUAGAAAUUGAUUUUCCAUCUCGUGCCGUGUUAGAAAAAAGCGAUUUUGCGAAGGACUGUGGAAUCUGCUAUGCCUAUCGACUCGAUGGCGCUACUCCGGAUCAAGUGUGCGAUGAUCCCCGAUGCGGACAGCCUUUUCAUCAGGCUUGCCUGUAUGAGUGGCUACAAGGUCUUCCUUCUAGCAGACAGAGUUUUCAUGUCAUCUUUGGUGAAUGUCCAUAUUGUAAUAAGCCACUGACACUGAAAUCUUCAAUGAAGAAACUUUGAGAAAAAAACGCGUGAUGGGAACACCGCUGCACUUACACUGAGGACG